GCUGAGGAAGAUCGUGAGAUAUGAUUGAGAGCUCCAGAGGACCCACUAAAUGGACCUUGUGAUGAGAUGAGGUGUUGUGUACAUGUUGUCCUGCAGGGGGCAGCAGCUCGCUCAGUCCUGUCUGUUUGUUUCUGUCUGUAGAAGAAGAAGUUUUGUGUGCAAGCAGAGACUGAUCGGCGUAAAGAAUCAAUUUCCUUAUGAAUACUUUAAUAAUCGGUUUGUACAGACAGUAAACUGAUUGCGGGUUUUAGAUUUGCAUCAAACGAACCCUGGAUACAUCCGCUGGUUGACCGCGGGAAGCCACAGAAUCUCUGCGGGAGGAGAUGUACCGCGGUCGGCCUCCGCCGAGAGGAGGCUACGCGCCGCCUUUCGAAGGCCGCGGUCCCCCGCCGCCGCGGCCAUACAUGGCACCGGGCUACAGAGACGACAGGAGCCGUCCCAGGCCCCCGUACCACCCCGGCUACCACGACCACGGACACCCGGACUACCGUCGCUCCCCGCCGCGCAGGAGGUACCCUUCCCCCGGGGCAGGAAGUCACCGAAGCGGGGAGUACUGGGCCGGAGCUCCGCCGAGAGAGAGAUCUCCGUCACCACGAGGACCGCUUCCCCUCGACCACAACCUGGUCAUCACUGUCGGCAACGAGCUGACCGGACCAUCUGGCUCCGCCCCCCCACGCCAUCAUGAGAGAGAUUACCGUCCUCGACCCGAGUAUGAGCGCAGCCGCAGCAGGGGGCGGAGCCGCCCUCGCAGCCGGAGUCGAGAGCGAAGUCCAGACCGGAUCCGGGCCAAGAGCCGGCCCCGCAGCCAGAGCCGGAGUCCGGACCGAAGCCGGGCCAAGAGCCGGGGCCGCAGCAAGAGCCGGAGUCCGGACCGGAGCCGGGCCAAGAGCCGGGGCCGCAGCAAGAGCCGGGCGAGGAGCAAGAGCCGGCCCCGCAGCCAGAGCCGCAGCCCGGACCGGAGCCGAGCCAAGAGCCGGGGCCGCAGCAAGAGCCGCCCUCACAGCAAGUCCAGAUCCAGGUCCAGAGGGCGGAGCCGGGGGAGGAGCUACAGCAAAGCAGCCAGUCGCACCCGCAGUAAGAGCCGGAGGAGGAGUCGCAGCGUGAGCAGCAGCUCGAGCUCCAGCAGCCGCAGCACUGACGACAGCGACGAGAAGUCCAGGAGAGAGUUCAGGGAGCUGGACACGGCCCGGCGCAGGAAGGAGCUGGAGGAGAUGCUGAGUCUGCCGACAAAAUCCAUCCUCAAGAAACGCAACGACUCCGAGGACUCGCCGUCUGUCAGGAGCUCAGACUCUCCCAGAGGUCUGCAGGGCUCCAACAUCUCCCGCGUGGCCGACCAGCUGCUGCAGGCCAUGAAAGGCAUGGAGCCUCACAUGGUGGCGUCCAUGCUGUCGGAGCUCCGGUCCGACCCGCAGAUGGCUCAGCGCGCCGGUCUCGACGCCGAGUUCAAAGAGAUCCUGAACCUGUUCGGUCCGGCGGCGGCGGCCGGGGCGGCCAAGGCUCCGGAGAAGACCGUGGACGACAUCGACGACGAGGAGAAGUUCCUGUACGGAGACGCGGAGGAGCCCAAACCGCCGGCGCCGCCAGAGCCGCUGCGACACCACACGUUGGAUCUGUACGCGGACGUGACGGAGGAGGCGCUGUAUGGAGAUUACCCGCCGCAGAAAGCCGUCCUCGCUCAGACAUACGGCCUCCCCCAGGGGGCCUCGCCACACCUUCAGGCCCCUCCUACCAGAGGUGAGGUAGACAUGAGGUACGCCAGUCGACCCACCAUCAGCCCCGACCAGAACAUUACGGUCCAGGUGUCGAACCCCGCCUACCCGCCGGGGACGGAGCCACUGGAGGAGAGCGAGCGGCAGGCGCUGGAGGAAUACGAGAAAAUCCAGGACUUGCUGCAGACCAUCGGUCUGGACCUGGGUGUGGUCGAGAUCAGCAAGAUGGCCGCCAGGACCAAGGAGCGGCUCCAUGGAAACAAGCCGCCUCCCAAGACGCCCACACGGCGCCAGCGGUACUCCUCCUGCAGCUCGGACGGCAGCCGGCACAGCCGCGGGCACAGGAGGCGGAGCCACAGCGGCAGCUCCAGCUGCAGCAGCAGCAGGAGUCGCAGCCGAGCCGGCAGCUGGAGCAGCGACGACGGCCGCAGGAAGAGCGGCGCCGUGGCUCCGCCCAAAUCCCUCAAAGAGAUGAAAGGCGGAGCCACGGUACCGCCGGCUCACAAAGAGCUGCCGCCACAAGCCCCAGAACCCAGCGCCAUCCCCACCCACACCGGGGUGCCCAUCCCCACAUACCCCCCCUCACAGGUGCACAGCAUGAUGCCACCCAACUACCCGCCGCCGGGGUACAGCCAGUACGGGAACUACCUGCCCUACAUGCACCAGCAGUGGCCGCCCAUGUACCCGCCCCCCAGCAUGACCCUGCCCCCCCAGACCGCCCCCGACGACUUCCCCCCCACAAUGCCAUACAAACCGCCCUACAAUAAGCAGACCCCCGAGCCCGGGGUCAAAGGUUUGAUGAAGAGUUCGGUCCAGGACGGUGACAAAGGAAACUCUAAAGUCAGCAGCCAUGAGAGGAGAGUGUCUGAGGAGCAGAACAACGAGAGCCAGAAGCAGAAGGUUCUGGAGGAAAGAGAGAAGCUGAAGCAGGACAGAGAGCUGAGGAUGAAGAAGAAGGAGUAUCUGAUGAAGGAGCUGGAGAGACUCAGGAAGCAGCAAGGCGAGCUCCUGAGGAAGAAGCGCCGCGAGAAGGACGGCCACAAAGACCCUCUGCUGCAGAAGAUCAGCCACCUGCAGGAGGACGUCAUGACUCAGAUCUCCAACCUGCGCAAAGAGCACGAGGCCGCCGAGAAGAAACGCAGCGAGAUCGACAAGGUGGCGCUCAUCCUGGGCCUGACGCCGUCCGACCGGCCGCGCAGGGCCGGCAAGCCGGUCGACGAGCAGGAGGACGCGUCGCCACCACAGAAGAAGAAACGGGAGCCGGAGAGGAGCCCCGAGGGACGGCAGGCGGUCGGCGGCUCCACGCUAAAGCAGACCUCCUCGGCACCUUCGGCGUCUUCGUCGUCGUUGUCAAGAGCUUCGCCGGACAAGCCGCCUGCCAGCGCCCCGGCUCCGCCUCCGACCCCGCCCCCUGAGCCGUUCGAAUACUAUGACGCUGGAAACCACUGGUGCAAAAACUGUAACCUCACCUCUGGUUCCAUGUUUGAUUUUUUCACGCACUUGCACAGCAAAAUUCACCGAAAGACGCUGGACCCGUACGACCGACCCUGGGCUUCCACUCCCACCAAAAUCACCAAGAACAUGCCGUCAGAAGAGAAGCUGACGAAACCCGCCAAAGGUUCGGAGUUCCUGCUGCCCGUCAGAGGAUUCUUCUGCCUGCUGUGUAAAGAGUUUUACGGAGACGCCAUCUGUGCAGAAGAGCACGUCACCACCCAUUCUCACAAUGAGAAGUACAAGAAACAAAUGUAUGAGAAUCCACUGUACGAACAGAGGAGGAACUUGGAUCGCCAGGCAGGACUGGCCAUAGAGACGAGUGGAAAGAAACGCAAACACGAUGACGAGGAGAAAGGCAGCAAAGACAAGGAGGAAAAGACCAAACACAAAAAGGAGAAAAAGGACAAGGAGAAAAAGAAGGAGGAGGAUGAUGAUGGUCGGAAAGAGGAGAAAUCCAAAGAUAAAAAGGAGGAAGAGGAGGAAAAGCCGAAACUGGGCAAGAAGGAAGAGGAUUUUAAAAAUGCCAAGAGCAAGGGAGAGGAGAGUCCUUCUUACAGCAAGAAAGAUGAAGAUGAAAAAUACAAAUACAACAAGAAGGAUGAUAAAUACCGGUACAGCCGAGAGGAAGAGGAGAGGGCUAAAUACAGCAGAAGAGAUGAGGAAGACAGAUACAAAUACAGCAAAGAAGAAGAAUAUCGAUACCGGUAUCGCAGGGAGGAAGAUGACAGAUAUGACAACCGACCAAGAUAUGGCCCAAGAGACGAUGAUGACAAGUAUAAAUAUGGUAAAUAUUCAGAUACCAGGUCCAAGUAUGACAGGGAGCGAGAUGAAGGAAAACUUAAGGCUGAAAAGGAAGCUUUUAAAAAGCCUGAGCUCGGGAAACUGGAGGUCCACAAACAGCCUGAACCUCCGUCAAAACCCUACGACCCACCCAAAAUCCUCUGUGGACCCAGUCCAGCCAUGAGGGCAAAGCUCCGCAAGCAGAGCCUGGAGGCUGGCAAACCAGCACCCAUGACCACAACACCCUCGUUCGGAAAGUUCACGUGGAAGAAGAGGGAGAACGUGCUGGCAAAGGAGGCGGAAAAAGUGGCCGCUGAGUUCAUCAAGGAGGAGGAAGCGUCUGUGAAGCUGAAUCCGGUCUCAGUGGAAGAUUCUUUUGCAAAGUCUAUGGCUGUCGCUAAGGAGAUAGCUGAGAAGCUGUCAGGCCAGAGCAACAUGCCUCCUCCCUGGGUGACCCAGGGCGCCAACCGGGGAAGAAUCCGGCCCAACCUCCCUGCACCUGCUGCAGUCCUGAGGAAAACAGCCAUGAUGGGUAGACCUGCACCUCUGAAUACCUUUCUCUCCAUGAGACCCCAAAACACAGGUGCACUAGGGACUCCUCCCAAAGACUUCCCGAUAUUCACUGAUCCUCUCACAAAGGCUCUAAACGCCCAGAACGCACUGCUGGAAACUAAACCUGUGCCGCCAGUUGGUAAACCUGGUCCAUUCGAGGCUGUGCCUGCACUGCCGGUGUCUAAACCUGUGCCAUUUGAGGUUAAACCUGCGCCACCGGUGUCUAAACCUGCCCCAGUGGAGGUUAAACCUGCCCCAGUGGAGGUUAAACCUGCGCCACCGGUGUCUAAACCUGCCCCAACAGAGGUUAAACCUGCCCCAGUGGAGGCUGCCUCUGCUCCAUCUGAAACCACCCCUGCUCCAUCUGAGGCUAAACCUGCACAAUCAACAAUGAUAAAGAUAGUGUCUGAUGUGGCCGCUCCCGGCGUCCCGGAGAGCGAGCAGACCCGUACGGUGUUUGUCAAGCCUCCACCUUUCAUGAACAUGGGCGAUGGAGCUCAGAGGUCUGAGAAACUGAAGAGUAACCUGGCUGCAGCCAAAGCCCAGGACUUAUUUGGCAUCUUCUACAGUAGUGUCAGCCAGUCAGGCACUUCCUCCAUCACCAAACCAGUGACGGUGGAUGCCAGCCAGUCAGGCACUCCCUCCAUCACCAAACCAGUAACGGUGGAUGCCAGCCAGUCAGGCACUUCCUCCAUCACCAAACCAGUAACGGUGGAUGCCAGCCAGUCAGGUACUUCCUCCAUCACCAAACCAGUAACGGUGGAUGCUAGCCAGUCAGGCAUUUCCUCCAUAACCAAACCAGUAAUCACAGACGCCAGCCAGUCAGGCACUUCCUCCAUCACCAAACCAGUAAUCGCAGACGCCAGCCAGUCAGGCACUUCCUCUAUCACCAAACCAGUAAUGGCAGACACCAGAGCUGAUUGGAGUGGCACCAAUAAAAGUACAGUUGUAGCCCAUCAAGCAUCAAUACCACAACCCCAGGCCCAGCCUAAAACCCAGCCCCAACCUCCAACUGAGGUUCAUACGUCUCCACGACCAGACUCAAACAAUUCACCAUCAAGUACACAAACUCAGUCAAAAUUAGACAUUCAGAUUGCAUCAGUUUGGUCCAUGCAGCCUGUCCCAGCUCCAACACCUGAGGAGGCUCCAUUCAAACCUACUUCACAAACUUCAACUCCGUCUGAGGCUCAGAGUGUCCCUCAAAACCAGUCCCAGACUCCUAAAUUUGAGUCCCAAAUUGCCCCACAAACUGAGCCUGCCAAGCUGGAACCAACAUCACAAACUCAUCCCAAACUGGUUCCUCAAAUUCAGACAGAACCACAAUCUGAACCCCAACCAGACCAGGACACUCAGCCCCAGGGUCUUCCAGAGUCCCUCUCUGACACAGCUCCAGUAACCGAACUUGAAUCCAAGCCAGGUCCCAAAACUAGAGGCAAAAUGACUCCUACAAAGAGAACCCCUCCUGCCUCUGGCCCUGUCCGACAAACCCGAUCCCAAACCAGAUACCAGACCCGGCGGCAGCAGGCCCAGCAGAGCCAGUCCGAACCAGAACCUGAGCUGGCUUCAGGAGACUCUGAUUCGGCAGCUUCAGACCCAAAGGGGUUUGAGACGUCAGAUCAUGGCUCUGGGUUGCAUGUAGAGGAGGGGAAACCCAGCGAGGAUGACUCUCAAAUGAUGGAAAUCACCCCUGAGACCCUGGGCCUUCCCUCUGACAUGACCUCCCUGAACUUUGACUACGAUUUUAACUUUGAGUAGGAGCUGACUGGACUCUGAAUGUGGGGAGGUAUAUCUCUAGGAAGUUCAGAGGAUCAUAAGCCACAGUCAUUUAUUAACAUUGGACUUGAAGGCAGCUGGAAGUAACGAGAGACACUUGAGAUGAUAGACUUGACACUUUCAAAACAUUGACCUUCAUCUGUUUAAAAGACCAGUUUAAUGUUUUGGUAAAUCCUCUUUUCUGUCUUCUACAGAGUCCAAUAAGAAGAUGGGUAUCAGUUUCAUCUCGGUUGUUCAGCACAAAGAUAGAUAGGUUCAGGUUGUGCCUAGCCCUGCUCAGCACAUAGUAGUAUACUUUUCUUAACAUCAAAAAAUUCCCUUGAAGGACAAAAACCAACAACAAAUGUCUGAAUAUUUGUUAAAAACUGAUGACUUUAUUCUGCUGACAAGUACCAGCCUGAUUAAAGUUAAUGCCUUCAUACCAAAGACCUCCAUAGUAGGCCAAAAGCUAUUAACACAUUUUGAGUGACAUAUUCCUUCAUUACAGUUAACUGUUCAGUCUGGUUGUUUUUUUAAAUCAUUUCAGCUCAUAAAACUAGCAAAGCAGAAUCAAACUAUACUAGUUUAUUAUACUAUAAUAAACAGUUUGGCUCUUCACUGUGCUUGUAACUGAUUUUGAAUGACAAUGUGAAGCCAGAGCACCACCACUACACUACACUACCACUCACCAUCCAGGUCCAACAUUUUAUACAAAGCUCCAUUCCUGCUAGUUUAAAUAAUUACUGUCGAUAAAGUUUAGUUCGAAGAGGAUUUUUAAGUUCUUUUCUCCUCUGCUCUGUCGAUGUCUCUCAGCUCAGAGCUCAUUGGUUUCCUCUGAAGACUUUAAAAUCACAAAUACUCUCAUGUUUAAAAAGGUUCAGUAAUUUCCUAAAACAGCUGGUCACUAGUUUUUAUCAAACAAACAGGAAGAAAAAGCACAUUUGUUGGCGAGUAUUUUCAACCGCGGAUGAAUCUACAUUUGGUGCUGUAUUGAGUAUUUCUAGCUGCAGGACGGUGUGUGUGUGUGAGAGAGACUGAAUCAAAAUAAAGUACAGUGUGUGUGUUUGAAGGAACAUAAUGUGGCUCAUUGACGUGUUUUUAAUAGUUUUUGGACAACAGAGGUCUGCGGCACAGUUACACUGUUAGUAGAUCAGUUCAUCAUUGGUUUGGAGCUGCACAUGAAGAAAAAUAUAGAAUAUCAGCAGCCUUCUGGUUCUGUAAUUUUUGGAUAAUAAUGGAGCUCUAUGGUACAGAACGGGGCUGUUUGGUCCCCUUAGUUCAGUGCUUCUCAACCUUGGGGUUGAGACCCCUCACAGGGUCGCAGGACAACUAAAAGGAAAGGAGGAUAUUUUUUUCAGACAUUUCUCUAAUCUUAUAUUUCUAAUACUUCUUUUUUAAAAAAUGACUUUUUGGUUGAGUGGGUUGUAAACAUAAGACAGCGACUGUUGUGGACUUUAUUUUUGUAUUAUAUGUGAACAUUUGGCUCCACAGACGAUACUUGUUGGAAUAAACUCCUUGUUUGGUUUCAGCCUCUUUAGGGAAAUUUUAGUUAAUGAUAAAACGCACAAAGAUGAAACUGAUGUCCACUUCUCAUUUGACUCUGGAGAUGACUGAAUAAGAGGAGUUUCUAAAAUGUCGGACUGUUCCUUUAAAGAUAACCGCUAUUUGUGUCGCACCUUUUCUCCUUCUCCUCCUGAAGGUAACGUACUGUACACUGUUUGUUGUUUUUCUUGUUUUCUAUUCCAGUUCAGAGUCACGAGUCUGUUCCUUCUGUUUAUUUUCUCCUCGAGGUGUUUUUGAUUCGGGGACAAGAGUUCUGAAAGUUCUGAGCUGGUUAAGUAAAACCGGCAGCACGGACCAACGACGGCUCGGUUCGUUAGAGAGCUGUAGCAGCGACAUCCAGGAAUGGAUUCCUAUAAAACUGCACCAGGUUUCCUCCCUUCAUUGUGUUUGAUGCACUGAUCUGCGCUCAGUGUCACUGUGUUUGGGUCACAAUAGAAACCAACUGCUUGUCCUAUAAAACUUGUUGCUGUAAGUAGAGUUUUAAUAAAAGCUAGUGAGGAUAUAAACAGCA